CAUUAGAACAUAUGUUACUUUUAGGAUACGGGCUGAUACAUAGGUCCACCGUCUCUCUCUCUCUCUCUCACUCAGUGCGUGUAUAUGUGUGUGUGAAAGUGUGUGUGAAAGUGUCAGAUGUGACUUGUGUGUUUAUGUAUUAUGUAUUGCGACACCAGUGAGGAGGAGGAGCACUGACUGGAAAACACUCAUCUCGGCCACUUCCUACUUUCUGUCAGUCUGUCUCUAUCUCCUACUUCCGGUCGCUGACACAGCACGUGACCUUUAGACACAUUAUCAUGUAUUCCAUUAAUUUUUAUGAUGUGCUUUCGCGAGUCCGGGGUUCCGCUGCGGAACCUCCGGGAAAAUUUACAGCCGCGACUGCACUAUAAUACCGGACUGUUAAUCAUGCGAGUCCCGCUGCUGCAGCACUAAGACCCCUAGUGUUUUUGUGUCUGUGUGUGUGUGAGAGUGAGAGAGAGAGAGGGGCGUCUUCAGAACCCAGCUAGCCCGCCCCUCUUCUGCCUUCUCAGUAACAGACCCGGUGUCCCCCUCAGAUCUGCUUUUCAGUGUUUUUCCUGGUUCACGUUGUGGUUCCAGUCCUGGUUCCGUCUGUCCUCGUCUCCCCCGCCACACGCUCCACUCAGUGGAUCUGGACCGGUUCAUCUCAUCACAAACACAGGAGUCCAUGGACCAUGGCGUCCUCCUCCUCUGUCUUCAUCCUCCUCUUCAUCUUCACUCUGGCAGUCAGGACUACACCAGUUGUGUCUCAGUUCAGUGACCUGACAGAGCCCAUGUGCUAUGACUGGGGGGAGUCCAGUGAGGGUAGAGUCUCCGUCCUGGAGGGUGAGGCCUGUUGGCUGUCCUGUCCUCUUUUCUCUCAUCCCGCUGUCUACAACUUCACCUCUACUCAGAGCGCUGGACACAACCUGUUCUGGUACCGCCUCCCUGAGGGUCAAGACCUGGAACAGCCAAUCAAGUACAGCCCACGUCUCAGUAAAGAUCGAGAGAGACUAUGGCUGCAGCCAGCCAGCGCCCAGGACAGUGGACUCUACAUCUGCAUGUUACAGAACAAGUCCUCGUGCAGUAAGAUUGGAAUGCGUCUGAAGGUGCUGCCUCGUGAAAACGUGGUCACAGGCUGCCACCAUCCUGUUUCUACCCCAAUCACUCAGGCAGUUAUUCCGCUGCAGAGCAGCCAGGUCAUCCACUGUCCAGACCUUCAGGACGUCACCAAAAUGGCCGACACUGAGCCGACGGUCCACUGGUAUCACCUGACGGUCCACGGAAUGUGUGAUAAGCAUUUUUCCUGGAACACUGACCGGGAGGUGAUGAGGAAAGAUUCCAGUCUGAACUUCCACAUCAUGUAUGACAACUUCAGAGGUUUAUACUUCUGCACAGUUACCUACAUGAGAAAAGGUCAAACCCUCAACUUCACCAGGAGCAUCAACGUCACCGCAGUCUCUCCGACAGUUGUGUCCAAAUUACCCAGUAUUCUUCAGCCGCCUGCAGACAAUGUCCUCACUGUCAAACUGGGCACCGAGGUGCGUCUGGUCUGUGUGGGUCUGUUCCCGUUCCUGGAGUCUCGCUGGGACUUCUGGUGGACAGUUGACGGGAGGAGGCUGGACAAAUUGUCUGAUCAGCGCUUCUCCAACAAGAACCGUCAGAUAAAGUACUAUUUCGGGGACCGUACAGAGGAGAGCAUCCUGCUGAUCCAGAACUUUGGUUCUGAAGACCUGAACAGAGAAUAUAACUGCUCUGUGAGAAACGAGUGUGGGUCCGAGACCCGCAGAGUUCACCUGGAGGAGGAGGUGUCAGUGCCAUCGGUGGAGCUGGGCUGUGGUCUGGGGGUGACCCUGGUCCUGAUGUUACUUCUCUUUGUGGUGUAUCACGUCUUCUGGCUGGAGCUGCUGCUGCUCUACCGCUCCUGGUUUGGCACUGACGAGCGACACACAGAUGAUAAAGAGUACGAUGUCUACAUCUCGUAUGCAAGAAACAGUGAAGAGGAACAAUUUGUUCUGACAACUCUGCACACAGUUCUGGAGAAUGAGCUCGGAUACUCAGUGUGUAUCUUUGACAAAGACAGUCUGCCUGGAGGGACUAUUACAGAUGAAACUUUGAGUUUUGUGGCUCGUAGCCGGCGCCUCCUAGUGGUGGUAAGCCCAGGCUAUGCCAGCCAAGGCUCCCAGGCCCUGCUGGAGCUGAAAGCUGGCAUAGAUGGCAUGGCGCUGGACGGGCACCUGCGGGUAAUCCUGGUCCAGUACAAGCCAGUGCAGGGGCAAGGCUGGGUCCGGGAGCUGCGCAGGGCUCGAGUGGCACUGGCAGUGGUCCGCUGGAACGGGGACAAAUCCAAAGAGCUGACGUCUCACUUCUGGAAGAGGCUGAGGGUGGAGCUGCCAGUGAGGAGGGUCGGUGGGAAGGAUGGGAAGGAGGGGUGGAGCAGUAAAGACGUGUCUCUGAUGAGACUGUCCAGUCAGAACAGUACCAACUCACAGACUGGACUUAUCAGCAACACUGUCAAGGAACCAAACAGAGUCCUCAACUCUGCUACAUAGACUGGUGGAUUGUUGGAGCCGGUGUUAACGGGUCACAGCAGAUACACAGGGAACCGACCUGGUGUCAACGGUCAUCCACAUCGGUCCUGAUCCGAGGGCAGGUGUUUGAAGGUGACAUUUUCUUCUCCGAAGAAACAGCUCCACGCAGUGUAAACAAAGUCUGGUGGAAACCAAGCUUCUUUGAUUUCUUCAUGAUUAUUGAUGCCACUCACUGUUGUCCUGAGAAGUUCAAGAUCUCAAUCUCAUCCUUCAGCUGUCUUUCACUAGAAUUGUUGUCUUUAAUUAUUUUGAUCCAGUCUUCAAACAGUGGGCGUACGUCAACACCAUGUGAACUGACAUCCAGGCUCUCCAGUGUGAGUGUGUACUCUGUUAUGAUGCCACGACUGAAUCCAUCACCCACGACGACAGAAAGACAGGUUUAUGUCACACAACAACUUCACUGGUCCUCGUUCUCUUCUCAGUUUGUUUGUUUACACUAGCUGCUUUUGCACAUGCACAGAGCUCUGCACUCUGAUUGGUCAGUGUCAGUGAUGGGUCAGGACAGAUGACAUCAGUUAGACUGUGUUGGUCCUGUUGUCAGUCAUGCCAGACUUGUUUCUUCUUCCCAGUAAGACACUGUAAGUGAUGAGACAUCAGAGUUUUCUAAACCUCAACGACCUGAACAUCUACGUCUGUCUGGACAUUUCAAAUCAUGAAUUGUUGAUGUUGAUUUCAUUGUUUUUGUGUUGGUGAUAACUGCAGUGCAUGGAUGAGGAAGAAACCCACCACUAACGUGCAGCUCACAGCACCAAUAUUUAUGUUAGUAUUUUUUGGAAGCUUGCCAGCUCUAAAUAUUGGUUAUUUCCUGUAGCAGGCAUGAGGUGUGUGUUUGUCCCACUGUGGCUUUAGGACAUGAGACAUAUAGUCUGUACUUAUGGUGUAGUCUGAGGAUAACCUGGCCCUGCAGAUGUAAAUAUUCAGUUCACUCACCAGGGGGAGUCAUUCUCUGGAAAACUUUAAGGCAGUGGUCGGCAGAUGGGCCAAUCAUAAGCGUCCUGUUAUUAUUUUUUGAACAUUAUUUGGGAAAUAAUGGAAAAUAUUCAGAUUGUCAGUAUUAAUGUGUGAACAUCUUUAUCAGAAGAGAAAUCUCACAUUUAUUCUUCACAGUAUUAAAGGUGCAUUUAUUUACAGGUCUGGCAAGCAUGUUUUGGCCCAGAGCCAAGGUAAAAAGCCAAGCCACUGCCUUGAAGUCGUUAUUAUUUGUUAUUCUCCUUUAUCUGAGAUGAAGUUUGAUUUGGAACUUUCAAUGUUUAUCUCUAAACAAAAUCCCAUGGCCAUUAGAGGAACUGCUAAAUCAUUGCAAUUUAAUUUGUGUCUGUGUUUGGUGUGUGUAUGAAAGUGCGUCAUAAUUUCAUCUGCUGCUAACACUUUAGUAGUCGACAUUAGGAAAAGAACAGUUGCACAUUUUACAGAGGAAACAUGGGAUAAAACUUUAAUGAUUCUUACUUUAAUAUGUAGAGAUGAGCCUUCACAUUAUGUUGUUCUGUUUUGUUAGCCUAAAUUUACUAACUCACAACUCAACAAUAAUUCUGUCAUACCACUGAGUACAGCGACCCUUAUCUUGAACACAGUAUUUCACUUCCAGGCUGCACUUCACUUUGCCUUGGUCUGAGGUAUUGAAGUGGUUCACUAACUAACUUUUUACUUUUCCACCGUCAUGUUGUUGUUUUUCUAUGACUGUCUGCAGGUUUUACCUUCAUUAAAAGUCAACCUCACAGUCA